GACAGCUCCCAGCUGGCCCGGCCGGUGUUAGCUCUAAACACUGACAGCUUAGCCCCGAAUCGCCGUCAAUUCUGAUAUUGCGUCUUUUUAUUUUACCGUAAAGAGCAUGGCCCGAAAGGAAACUUUAAAUAUGCAAGCUUAGUAAUCACGUUAGCUGCUGGUCAGCAGGGGUCAUGAGGGUGUCUGGGCCCCCGGUUGCCAUGCAGAGCGACUGAAGCAGGCAUGGACAAGAAGUCUCCGGCAGGAUCGGUAGGCCUUGUUGACUUCCCCCGACAGCUCAUCCUUUGCCGCGACCUUCACCGCUGGCUACGCAGGUUCUCACACUUUGCCAACAUUGCCAGUAAGACUUUGCCAUGAGAAUGUCUGAUAAAGUAGACUUUGAAACAACGAAGGUGUCCGAAACUGCCAACGCUGAGGCGUUUUCAAAAGAUGAUGCCACCCAGUCGGAGGUUUCUGAUGAAGGCAGCAAAGAAAAUGCUGGCAACAUCGCCGCAAUGGAAGCCAAGCCCGUGAAGUACUUGAAGCCUAAGACCAGGCUAAAGCUCGUUCGGAGCCUGGCAGUAUGUGAGGAGUCCUUCCCUUGUCCAAUUCUUGAGCCUUCAGCUUCACCUCAGGAUGAAAGCCUCCUUCGGAUGUUGGAAAAGGAUGAUGGAGCCGCACAAAACCAGGCUCAGAAAGAAGUCGUUUGCGACAAGGUGAACAAAGCUGACAGAACGCAGAGGAAAAUGCUGUGCAGAGAUUCCAGUCAAGACUACACUGAUUCAACAGGAAUAGAUCUUCAUCAGUUUUUAGUGAACACGUUAAAGAGCAACCCCAGGGACCGAAUUAUGCUGCUGAAACUUGAGCAAGACAUCUUGGAUUUCAUCGGCAAUAAUGAAAGUCAAAAGAGAACGUUCCCGCCCAUGACGUCCUACCACAGGAUGUUGUUACACCGUGUGGCUGCCUACUUUGGCAUGGACCACAAUGUGGACCUCACUGGCAAGUCAGUUGUGAUCAACAAAACUACCAACACAAGAAUCCCCGAUCAGAAAUUCUCCGAGCACAUCAAGGAUGACAGGGCAGACGAUUUCCAGAAACGCUACAUUCUUAAACGAGACAACUCCAGCUUUGAUCGCGAGGACAGCACGAUUCGGAUGCGUUUGAAAGCAGACAAGAAAAGCAAAUCGAUGGAGGAGCGAGAGGAGGAGUACCAGCGAGCCAGAGAAAGGAUAUUUGCACAUGAUGGUGAUCACUUCAUACUGGAUCAAAGUGCUCAGGAUGAAGACACAUGUACACGUACCCAGUACAGGCGGCAAAUCUUUAGGUCAUGGGCCGGACCGUCAGGCGCCAGCUGGCAGAGCAGCUCUGAGACAGAGACGCUGCUACGAAACGGCGAACCCCGACCCUGGAGCAGCACUGACAGCUCGGACAGCUCCAACCGCCUCGUCCCAAGGCCUGCUAUCACCAAGGCCAGCAGCUUCAGCAGCAUCUCCCCCAGCCUGGCACGAGGGGAUAGCACCGCCAGCAGUAAGAGCACCGGGAGGCUUUCCAAAACAGGUUCAGAAUCAUGCAGUAGCAUUGGUUCUUCAUCCAGUUCAAUCUCCCAUCCACACCGUUCUUUCACCGUGUCAGUCUCGUUACGGCCCAAAAUCUCUGGCACGCCUUUAAUCCACCAAGCUGCAGACACCAAAGGCCUAGCACUCCCUGACAUGAUGAUCAAGAGUGUCCCGUUACAGCCUACUACGCCUUCUGCUGAUGCAACAAAUUAUUAUGUGAUGUCACUGGAAGCUUCGGGGAUACCACCUGGCAGCAUUCUGGUGAAUCCGCACACAGGAAAACCAAUCAUUCAUUCUAAUAGCACUGCUGUAGCUUAUAGUACGGCCAGUGUUGCAGCUCCUGCCGGCAGGGGCCCCCACCAAGGGAAGAUGCUACAGCAGCCAACCUCUGCUGCAAGUCAGCAACAGCACAUCAAUGCCCUCCACUCCCAGCCGAUGUGUCAUCCAUUCCAGCCGUCUUCAGAGCCUGUUCACAACCCAACAGUCUCUUACCAUCUUCCUCCUCAGUUCCCACCAGCUAACCAACAAUACUCUGUGCCUGAAAUGCUCAACAACCAAUUCAGUCACAUGACUCUGGCACAGCAGCCCCCCAGCAACGGUGGAGCGCCGGCCGCAGACCCCCGCCAUUAUACAGCAGUGUACCACCAUCCUGCCCCUGUAGUGUUGCAUGGAGCACACCAGCAAGUUUCUAACUACAUGGUCGCAGGACCCACAGGGGGGCACCCAGGGAUGCUCCAAGGCCAGCCUGGACCCCACCACAGCUACCCCAGCAGCAUGACUGGUUAUGCAGCUUGUCCUGGGUCCACUCUGAACCAGCAGCACACCUUCAUUCAUCAGCCAGUCCAGCAGAUAUCCACAUGCUACUGCUCAUCCACCCAGCAUCCUCACUGCUCCAGCCAGCAGCAGCAGCAGCAGCAUUACCGUCCGCCUGUAAACCAUUCGCCGCAUAACAGCCCUCACAGCCAAACCUUGGCCCAGCAGCAAGUGCACCAGCCUGUGAUGUCAAGCCCAGCAUCUUACCAGACUAUAGUGGGCAUGCAGCCAACACUCAACAUUGCUCUCACUGGUGUCCAGCAAAGCAGCAUUAGCAGUCAGAUGCAAGGCAUGAUGGUCCAGUACUCUCCAAUGCAGUCUUAUCAGGUGUCCUUGCCACAGCAUACGGGGCCAAUGUUGGUUUCGUCAUGCCCGCCAGGACAAGGUGCGGUAGCAGUCGCUGGUGUCCAGCCCUGCUACAGCCUUCUCGCUGCUCCGAACCAGCACACUACCAUGAGUUCCACUGUGAGUUUUCUGCCCUCCCCAAUGAUGGAGCAGCUCAAUUUCCCUCAGAACUCAUCUUCCUGUGUUGCCCAGCAGAACACAGGGUUGUUGCCGCCGGCCCCCGGCAGCAGUAUGAUGAUGCUGCAAAUGGCAGCUCCCCCCUGCCAGCAGCCCCAGGCGUCCUCCCCCUGCCAACAAAAGCAACCCACUCACAAACACCUGGGCCCCGAGCACCACCGUAGCCGCCGAGCAACUGAUCACCCGCUGCCGUCUGACAACCUGCAGAGCAGCCUGCCCUCAUCCCCGAUGCUCGCGUCCUCAUCGGGACCAUCGCCCAACAUGAAAGGCAUCUCGUCCAUCCCCGUCAUGGCUCACCAGCAACAACUGCAGCUCCCUACAGACUUCUGUCACACUGGACCCGGUGAAGCCCACUACUCUCUCUUGGGCCAGCCUCUGCAGUACAAGCCGCUCAUCCACACCGCACAUAUGAUGACCAAACAUCAGGGUCCACUGGGAGUUUGGCGCAGUGGGCAUGGAAGGAAGGCGGGCAGAAAAUCUUUACCUUCAGAUCACAGUGUAGGUGAAGCAGCAGUGAGCGGCUGUCCUCGGGAGGAAACCAGCGAGACAGACUCUCAAAAUCUCCUGGCACAAGUCUGCAAAAAGGGUGAAUUGACGCAGCGUCAGCCCUGGCUGUGCUAAAGCCAGCCUCGCUCCUCUCUACCUGUGCCGUGGCUCAACCAGACACUUUGCGUUACCACAGCAGCCCGCGGGCCCAUUUUUAACCCAGGAGUCACUCACCCAGACUUCAGGGGGAGCUGUGUGAUCAAAACAGCUCGGAGCUGCUUAGUUUUUGGUGCAGCCACCAUGUUGUUGAACCUCCAGCCUCUGCUGCCUCACUUUGGAGUGUUUCAACAUCUCCCAAACCUACAUCAGUAUAAUGGUUUGAACAGUGAAUGUUUUCUUGUUACUUACCCCCCCUCGAUUUAGCCAACAGGUCUGUGCAGGUUACAGUGUGUUUGUAAAUCAGAUUUUGACUCCAUCUUAAUUCACAACCUUAUUCACAAGGUAAAUCAUGAGGUAUUCACUGUUGCUGUUCACAAUUGUACAUUUUUGUGAAGAAUGUAGAGCUUUAUCCACCAUUUUGAAAGAUUGCAGUGCUUUUUUUUUUUUUUUUAAUGAACAGGUCAAGCCAAAUUAAGCAACUUGUAAAAAGUAAGAUUUAACACUCGUGAUUGGAGCAAUUAUCCAUUUGAGCCCAAACAUUCAACACCCGAGUGUAUGUCUACUUCAAGUCAGUGUUGCAUUUGCACUGAAGAUCUGAUUGGUGUUGAAUGCCUGUAACCUAGAUUUAUAUUUUAAGGAUGACCUUUAUUGCACUCAACCAGCACAGUUUGAUUGUUUUAAAUUCAAAUGAUUAUAUGCACACGAAAAAUGCAAGCGUUUAGGUACGUGGCUUUUUUGGGAGAGUGAGGGGAAUUCUUGUUUGUUUCACUCACUGUUGUGUUUUUUGUGGUUGUUUAAAAUAAUAAACGUUUUCACUCCACAA